GUUGUGUUUGUUGUUUUUGCUUUUUCUGGUUGUUGUGUACAUUUUUUUUUUUGGGGGUACUUGCUGUUUUGCCUUUCGCCGAACAUUUCAGUCAGCUUGUGGAGCUCAACGGCGGCGUUUGCUUCUUUUACAUUAAAUUUGAUUUUUCUGUAACAGAAAAUAAAAGUCCUCUCCUGUUUUUCAAAUUGGUCAUAUACACUGCGUUCGUGUAGUGUAUUGUGUUGUUGUGAAUUUUUUAUAUAAAAAAAGUAAAGUGAUUCUUUAAAACACAAUGAUCUAUCGUAUUACAUCGCGUAAAUUGCCAGAAGCUCAGAAAUUGAACGCUUUCUUGGCUCAAUAUGUACGUUUCAUCUCAGCUGAUUCCAGCUUGCGCGAUGUGCUCGCCUCAAAAAUUCCCGCUGAACAAGAGCGUGUCAAGAAUUUCAGAAAACAAUAUGGUGCCACUAAAAUGGGUGAAACCACUAUUGAUAUGAUGUACGGUGGUAUGCGCGGUAUUAAAGCUUUGGUCACAGAAACCUCUGUCUUGGAUGCCGAUGAGGGUAUUCGUUUCCGUGGUCUUUCCAUUCCCGAAUGCCAAAAGGUAUUGCCCGCCGCCGAUGGUGGUGCUGAACCCUUGCCCGAGGGUCUCUUCUGGUUGUUGAUGACCGGUGAUGUGCCCACCAAGGCUCAAGUCAAACAAUUGUCCAAGGAAUGGGCUGAACGUGCUGCUUUGCCACAACACGUUGUCACCAUGUUGAACAAUUUCCCCACCACCUUGCAUCCCAUGUCGCAAUUCUCGGCUGCCAUCACUGCCUUGAAUCAUGACAGUAAAUUCGCCAAGGCUUACUCAGAGGGUGUCCACAAGACCAAGUACUGGGAAUACGUGUACGAGGACAGCAUGGACUUGAUUGCCAAAUUGCCCGUAGUAGCUGCCACCAUUUACUGCAACACAUACCGCAACGGCAAGGGCUCCAAAUCCAUCGAUCCCAAUUUGGAUUGGUCCGCCAAUUUCGUCAAGAUGUUGGGCUAUGACAAUCCCCAAUUCACCGAAUUGAUGCGUCUCUACUUGACCAUCCACAGUGAUCACGAAGGUGGCAAUGUAUCCGCCCACACCGUGCACUUGGUUGGUUCCGCCUUGAGCGAUCCCUACCUCUCCUUCGCUGCCGGUAUGAACGGUUUGGCCGGUCCCUUGCACGGCUUGGCCAACCAAGAAGUCUUGGUGUGGUUGCGCAAAUUGCAAAAGGAAGCUGGCAACAACCCCUCCGAAGACCAACUCAAGGACUACAUCUGGAAGACCCUUAAGUCUGGCCAAGUUGUGCCCGGCUAUGGUCAUGCUGUACUCCGUAAGACCGAUCCUCGCUACACCUGCCAACGUGAGUUCGCCCUCAAGCACUUGCCCGACGAUGAACUCUUCCAAUUGGUAUCCAAGAUCUACAAGGUCGUGCCACCAAUCCUAACUGAAACCGGCAAGGUUAAGAACCCCUGGCCCAAUGUAGAUGCUCACUCCGGUGUUUUGUUGCAAUACUACGGCAUGAAGGAAAUGAACUACUAUACCGUAUUGUUCGGUGUUUCCCGUGCCCUCGGUGUCUUGGCUUCCCUCAUCUGGGAUCGUGCUUUGGGUCUACCCAUUGAACGUCCCAAAUCCUUGUCCACAGACUUGCUCAUGAAGAUGGUUAAGAAGUAAAUUUGGAAUUCGUGUAGUUUAAUUAACAGCAACAACAACAAUAACAACAAAAACCAAAAACUAUUUCUAAACAACAACCUUACAACAACAACAACAAACAAAAAGUAUCAUAAAAAAUUACAUUAUUGCAAAGAAAUGUUAAAUUUUAAUUAAGAAAAAAAAAGAAAAUUUAUUUUAAAUUUUCUUUUCUAAUUAAGAAUCAUAUAUUUUGAAUGUAAUGAGAGGAUUUAACAACAACAACCAUAUUUAAGAGAAGCAAACAACAUUUGAAAAAAAAAACAA